CCAAGCCCAUUAGCCCACACAAUCUCACCGCCAUGGCGACUCGUUUGAGGUCGAUCGGAGCUUUAUCGUCCUCCGCCACUCAUAAGUCGCCGGCCGGAAUUGAAACCGGCAGUCAUGGCGUCUUCAAGCCACGAUUGUCAUCAUCAUCUUCUUCUCCUGAGAGUGAGUUUCCUAAAACUAAUAAUAAGAAAAUGACCGAUCGUCUCUCCGGUGUAAUCGACGUGGUUAACGAUCGUAAGCUUCCGCCGGAACUUCGAGGUCAACGUGACGCCGUUAGGUCAGAAACUGACAUCAUCAAUGUUGUUGAACAACGAAUAUGGCAUUCCAUGGAAGAAGGGCAAUUUGAGAACUUACCAGGGAAGGGAAAACCGUUGGACCUCAAUACUAAUCCUCAUGCUGAUCCAGCUGAAGAUACCUUGUAUAGGAUUCUCUCCAGAAAUAAAUGUGCACCUGAGUGGGUUGAAUUGAACAAAGAGAUAAGAAAUAGAGUAGUUGAGUGGAGAUCAGCACUUGAAAGGGCAUGGACACACCGAGGCUCUGUCGAUGAUUCUGAAUGGAUCGAGGCAUCCGAGUCUCUAAAGCUGCAGAUAUGUGACAUCAAUAACAAGGUUUUCCGAUACAACCUUAUUGUCCCUUUUGGCCGCCAAAUGAUUGGACUCAAGUGGGAGAAGGAAAUGGACCGACUGAAAGAAGAAAGUACAGGGAGCUGAACAUUUUGCAGGUCUCAUUUCUGGUGUAGUUUAUCACAUGAAAGUGGAAACUUCUGUAUGCGCGGGGGGUUCCUUGUGUUCUUGCUUCUUGUUUUCGUCGUUCCUAGUCCAGUAUUUCGGGAAUUUGCGUUUCUCAGUCUCUUGACUCUCUAUUAUAAGUUUGAUCCAAGUUUUUAAUAUUUUCUUGUAUCGAAGACCCAAAUAUUUAUAAUUAGUGGGUGAGGGUGUCGGAGUCGUAUGGGAGCAAAGUUGGUGUUUUAAAGGCCCCAACAUAUAUGACU